AUUACAACGCCUCGCUUUGGUGUGUAGGAAAAUGGCGGCAGAUCGGAAGCGAAGGAAGCAAAACGUGUUUUGAUGAUCUUCUUGGAUCCUGCAAUCAUAUAGGCCCUAGAUAUGAUCAGAAACUAAAGAUUGUAAGAAGAAUCUUUAAGAGAAGCAUGAUUUCAGCGCAGGAAACAGCGGAUAAAUUAAACAACAGCCUGCCAGUCCAUUUGACAGCUUCAAAUGUGCAGCAAAACCCAGAAUUUGCAAAAUUGUUGACAUCUCUAACAAGGCAUUUGACAGAAAAUGGGAUGUCAGCUGUAGUCCACAAAGACAUGGCACAGGCUAGAGAUACACUAAGGGAACAAAAAUUGAAGUACCUCCAGGUUCUGACAUUGUACUCAGAACUAAAGGAGCUGCUGAUAGAGUAUGACAUGAAAAAGCAAGAAGUUCAUCCCAGUUCAAUCACGCAACAGCUAUAUGAAGCCUUGAAAGUAUCGCUAGCCCAGGCAGAGGCUCUGGACUACCUUGAUUUCCAUCCUGAAGGAGGUGAACAAUCUGCAACCUUGCUUGGACUAAAAGCAGAACAUCUGUUGUCUGGAGAACAUCAGAAGAAGUCCAUACACCAAUCCUUUCAACAGAACAUCAUUCCUGAGCUGGAGUCAAGGUUGAGGAGCAAAUGUGAGAUGCUGGCAAGUUUUCACAAACCAGCAAAGCAGGCAGAGAGUGAACAGUUGUCUUUUGCCAAAGCCACCCAGCUGCCAGCCUUCCUUGAAAAUGAAAAGCAAUUGCUGGACCAAGAGAUAAAACAAUUGCAUUACAAUCGAAUGCUGAGGGACAAGCAGUUUAGACAAUUGUAUGAGGUGUGUCCAGGCCUAAUGUACAGUGGAACUCCGCCUUAUGACCACCCCGUUAAUACGACCACCUUGUUAUUU